AUGUUUUGCCACCGCGGUUCCGUGGUUCUGGUGUUUUGUGUGGCCACCGUGCUUCAGUGGCAAGUUCUGGUGGCAACGAUCGGUGGUAAUGGUGCACUAUUUGCGGCCUCGAUAACACGCGCUCUGGUACCACCGAGACGCGAUGCGCUCGUCCUUGGCACCGCACCUUCGAGGGUCUACGGCAGUGUACUGGCGACGCAGCUACCGGAAAUCAUUGUAAACCGUGGUCCAACAACGGUUGCUCCACCGCAGCGUGACAGUGACGUUGGUCCUUCGGUUCCUCCCGGGGGUUAUAGCUAUGAUCCUCCCAGUGGAUCAUACCUCCCGCCGGAUUCAUUAAUUCCUCCUUUCGCGGAUGAACCUCAACCACCACCGAUCGGUUAUCUGCCACCACAAGCACCGAGCCAGCAGGACAUUCCAGCCGCUGAUGAGCCAGUGUUCGAGUCUCCCGCCGGCGAAUAUCUUCCACCGGAACAACCACCCCAAAGGGAUGAACCUGUGUUUGUGGUUUCGACGCCGACGCCGCCUGCCCAGGAUGCAGGCUACAUUUACGGUGUCCCCGUAACCACCACCACCUUUACGCCACCGUUUGCCGACGAGGGCGUACCGGAGGUGAACGAAACCGGCGAAGGAGGAUACCGUUACGAUCCGCCAGCUCCGGCCAGUAUCUACCUUCCGGCCGGGACCGGCGGCGUUGGCCGGUCACUGCUCCGGGAUGAGGGUGCAGGUGCAGCAUCGGUGGAUGGUGGUGGAGGACGACCAUCCCCCAUCCGGUUGCAGCUCAACGAGCUGGCCUGCCUUCGGAGUAGUGGAGGUUUUUUCCGUGCCGCGCUAACACUCCAGAGUGCGAUCGAAAGUGUCCCGCUGGUGGACAACGACGUGGGGGGUGGUGAGGCGAGUGGGUGUGAGGUACGGCUCGAUCAAUCGCGGCUUCUACUCGACAUACCGUCGGCCGAUUUUGGCCGGUGUGGUGUCGCAGCGUGUGCUGGCACCGGGAAUGGUGGCACCGGUGGACGGCCGGAGCUUUGCCUUCGGAUACGCUUUCCGGCCAUUGCUGGCAUGCGGACCGCACUGGAUCCGGUGUUGACGCUUCAGUGUCGCAUUCAGCAGCGGAUCGUCGCUCGGACACACUCGUUGCGGUUGGCGGUGGCCAACGAUCCUCAGGUGGCGACGGCCGCUGGUCAGCGGAGUGUCAGCUCGACGUCGACGGCAUUCGCGGUCGGUGGUUCUCAGCGUCCGUUUCGAUCGCAGCUCGGUAUCUUUCGGCGUCAGAAUGCCGCGACUGGUGGUGGUAGCUUCACACGACCACUACAACCGGGCGGUGCCGUGCUGCUCGGUGAGGAGCUGAUGCUGAGGACUCAGGUUUCCGCCGGUGAUGGAUGGAAUUUUACGCGACUGUCGGAUGUGGUAAUGCAGCGGUUAUCACCGACCGGGACGGUUCUGAAUUCGGCCUCGCUCGUCACCGCCGGCGGUUGUCUGAAUCCGUUGAUGCGCGCCAUUAGCCCGUUGGCACCGGUGUUUGAGGCACCGCUCGGUUAUCGGCUCGGUUUCCGGGCGGCCAUGUUCCAGGGGAUGCGCAGCGGGGACGAGAUGAUUCUGCGCGUCCGCAUCAUUGGUUGCGUCGAUCGGCGCGAGUGUCUUGUGGAAAACUGUGCAACAGCACGCUCGAAGCGGGAAACACUCGAGACCGACAACGCGACGAUGGCCACGGCCGGGAACGACACGACGGUGGUUCCGCUGCUCACGGAAACGGCUUCGAUCGCGUUCCGUAUCAUGUUGCCCCCGAACGGGACUUCCGGUGAGCAGCGCGGCGAUGAUGGGGAGGAGCCGCUGGCUGGCUCGUCUGGUUUCCAUUCUUCGCAGUCGCUGCUCUGGAUUACGGUCGGUGCGACCGUAUUGCUCGUCAUCGGUGGUCUGGCGCUGGCGUUGCUGCUCGUCUUACGCCAUCAACUUCGGCGUCCCACUUAUGAUGAGUAUCGAUCGGAUUAGCGCGUCCCUGACUUCACCUCACGGCGCGCGCUCACAGCAGCACGGAACGAAAGUGAACGUGAUGUGAAUGAUCGAUCGACCACCACCACCACCACGCAGAGGAUGAUGAGACGUGCCACGGUUA